UUGUAUAAUCUUACACUGGGGAAGGGGAAGUUAACCGGUUUAUCAUAUGUGAAUGAGGAAACCAUUUUGGUUAGUUGCAACGUUAACUUCUGCACGUAGGCUGCUCGCAGCCACAGUAUCAAGCGUCAGAGGAGACGCUGUGCGAUUUCAGUUCUAAAAAUCGAACAUGUAGGUAAUCUUUUCUCUCUUUUUUCUCUUUUUAAUUUAGUUUUGAACAGAGCAGACAACGUGUUUUCGUGGCUCCUCUGCAGGAACAAAGUUAUUCUGUGUUGUCGAAUAACAUCUUGGUUUAUUGGUCCGGAGCUCCAGAGAGUCAGCUUCUGACGCAGCAGGAGCACCUAUCCGCGAGAGGGACACUACCACCUGACGGCUUCAUCUUUUGUCACACCGGGUCUUUUCCAUCACGACCACUUGAGCUCUGCAGUGCAGGCACUGUGGCAUUUUAUGGAAACCGACGCUGUGCAUCCUGUCGCGGUCAUGCUGCCCCCGAAGAACUGCCUGCCGAGGAACUACAGCUGCAUAGCCGGACUGUUCGGGAGUCUGGCCGCGGCAAACCCGAGGCUGGAAGAUGCUGAAGAUUUUGACAUGGUGAACGGAACAUGUGAGCCCAUUGAGUGUCCAGUGGUGGACGAAAGGCCGCGGGGUAGAGAAAUCUUCCUGAAGCAACCACAGAGCCCCAAUCUUCGUCGGAGGUGCAAAUCGCUGCCUACACCCACAGAAAGAGGAAAAUUAGAGAUCGCCCGCAGCAUAAGUCCAAGCAGUCAGAAAAAAGUCAGGUUCGCCGACUCCUUAGGGCUGGAGCUGAUUUCUGUGAAGCAUUUCGAUGAUGCAGAUGACCCAGAGGUGCCGGAGCGCAUACUGGCGAAAUUACCCAAAGGAACCCUUCAUCAGCUGGACACAAAAUUCCCACGGGCUCCUUCACAGUCUGUCUUCAUGGAGCUGCAGUUCACAAACCCAGGCACACUACCCGGCUUCGAGCAGAAAGUCAGGGAGGUCAAAGUCCUGUUGGAGAGCGUAGAAGCAGAUGAAUUUAACCUCUCCGGGUUUGUGCGUGUUCUAAAUCUGGAAUUUGAAAAGAACGUCUCUUUGAGGUAUUCUCUGAACAACUGGAUAACAUUCAUGGACAGUUUGGCCACCUAUGUUCCCAACUCAAGCGACGGAGUCACCGAUAAAUUCUCCUUCAAGAUUGUCAUGCCUACAUACCUGGACAACGGGGGUACAUUUCAAUUUGCUAUUAAAUACUGUGUUGGUGGGCAUGAGUUCUGGGAUAACAACAAUGGGAACAACUACAAAGUGCGACGUCAUCGGUUGAAGAUGUCUCCACCUCGUGAAUGGGAAAAUGGUUGGAUUCACUUUAUCUGAGCGCUGGUGUCUGCAGUGGCCCAUUCCGUGCGUAAUUUGCGCGCAGUCCUGGGUUACUUAUGACUGUAGCCUGUUAAAUAUUCGGAUUAUUUCUGCCAUUGUCAGAUGCACACAUGCUGUGACAAAAAUAUUGUCCCAUCAUAUUUUAAAAAGGUUGUAAUAAUACACUGUCUGUGUGAGCCUCGUAGGGUCCCAAAAGAUGGGAUGUUUGAUAUCUUGCCUUGACAUUAGGGCUCGGUGCAGCGUCGUGCCCUGUGGGAGGGCUUCCUCAAAUUACGUAAUGUGCCACGGAAAACAUGCGGGCAAUGCCAGCUUCAGGUUCGCUACUUAUUUUCAGGAAAGGCUGUACAAUUUAUUUAAUGGCAUGCUAUUUCUAAAACAGUCACUUUAUUUUGCAUGUGCGUAAACAUACUGAGUUAAUGAGGAAUAAAAUGCAUACUGUUUCAGUCUGGGAGAAACACACACUCACUGAGAUUGAAGACAUAAAUAUGCAGAUUUAUUUUAUAUACCAAGUCAGUGUUUCUCACUGUCAUACCAUUAAAAAUGCCUUAUUCUAAUCCAUGAUGUAGGAAGUAAUACAUAAAGUGCUGUGCAAUAUUAUCAGAUAGAAUAGAGCAAACACAUGAGAUGGUUAUAAUCAAGCUUACAUUUAUUUUUAAUAAUCCAGGGACAGCAUACUUAGUCAAAAACCCGCCUUUAUGCGAUAAAUUUGUAGCCAUUCCACAACCAUUGCACAUUUUCUGCUGCAUAAAUAUAGAAACAAUUAAAUAUUUUCAUAUGAAUAUUUAAAAUUAGCACAGUGUGACCAAAGGCAACAAAAGAUUUAUUAAUAUCUCCAGAGAUCUCUUUAAAUAUGAAAAGCAUAAUAGUAUGAUUCAUAUAUCCCUAAAUCAAAGGGGCUGUUCCUCUAAAGAAGGGGAUUUAUUACUCCCAAUCUGCAUUGGGUCUUGUUGUUUCCACUGAAUGAGCUUCUUUUGUUCCCAUGAGGAAAACCAGGCUCUUUAAAAGUUAAGUUUACCUCACAGUGUGGUCUUCAGGUUUAUAACAGAUGUUAUUUACACAGUAAUUAUUUUUACAUUUAAACAAGCAUUUUAUUUUACUUGCACAUAUUUGAAGCAAUGCUUAUUAGAUAUUUAAGGUUCUCUAUUGCACUGUGUUACUCUGUGUUUUCUUCAGAGCACUUCCCUCAGUAAACAAAGUAGCUAUUACAGAUUACUGUGUUCAACCAGCUUUCGCUGCUGCAAAGGUACUUGAUAGUCCUCACUGUGCAAGUAUAGUGCUGCUUCUUAUACUCCAUACAAAUGACCAAAAACAUUUGAGCCACCACAUUGGCUUUGUUUUUUUAUUUAUUUUAAAAAAUGUCUCAUUGUUCCAUUUUCAUAUUGUAGUCACUGAUUGAUGUUACACACUCAACACAUUUCUGGUGAAAAGUUUGUGUUAAAUUUGUGUUGUGGUCUUCCAAAUUUAACUUGACGGCAAAAAAUAGCUUCUUCGUUUAGUUAAAUGCAGACGUUUAUUAGCUUUUUCAGCUCACUUGAUAAUAUCAGUGUUCAUGCACAAGACAAAAGUUGAGACUGGAAGACCAACAGACAAUAAGGUGAACAUUACCUUGGCCUUUGUGUACAUCCCCAUGGCCUCUGAGGGAAGAUUCUCAUUUGCUGAGGCGGGCAUGUGGAUGGAGACCAGUUUUUAGAGCAGUUCCACUGUGAAUCCGUCAGUGCUGUUUGUCUUCAAACAUGAUGUGUCAGGACCACAAAACUAAAGCUGACUAGUUGUGAUAAGCUGGGAGAUGAUCAGAAGAUAUUUGCUACAACACCACAUAGCUUUACCACGUACAGGACUGUAUUUGUCUCACCAGCUUAUUUAAAAAUUGUCACUAGAAAAGGUCAGGUCAUGACAGAGCUCAGAGUAUGUUGUUAUAUAAGUGGGUGUUCACAUAUUGUCCACUUCUGUGUAAACUUUAGUUAAGCCUCCAUGCUGACCAUACAGCAUUAUUAUUAUAAAAGAUGAGGUGAAUAAUGUUGUAUAGGAGGAUACAUUAAUACCAGCUCAUCCCUGCCCAUAAAAACUUGGAUUUUUAGUUUGAACAUUUGGCUACCA